GUUCUCACUUCGACUAUUCGAUAGCAGCCUACAACAAAUUAAUUUUUUACGAAGAAAGUGUUGUGUAUUUGUUACUAUGUUAUCAUAUUUGUGAUUGUAGGUCUCCGUGUCUUGCGUUUUGUUAAUCAUUGCGAAUUUUUGUGACAAUGGAUGAAAAGGAUAAAGCUCAACACAACAUGAUAUCCAACCUACCGCUUUUGUUUGCAAAUGGAUAUCCAACAUCCCUAGAAAAAAUAACGGAACCUCAGUUAGAAAAUUUUAUUCCAUUCAUGGUGCAGUGCUCUUUAGGACAUAUAAAUUUACCAAAGAAAGUAGAUUGCAGUGAACCAGAAUGGUGGCCCGAAAACGCACCAUUCGAAAUUCCGCUGAAAAAGCCGAAAGCAUUUGUUGGGAAUUGGAUGGAAAAAAUGAAAGAAAUUGUGGUUAUUUGCUAUCAAUUUCACAAAAGCUUAUUUUUAUUAAGAUUUUGUAAUGAUUUAGCUGCGUACGAGCACGCGAGCUUGAGGUUCAUAAACAAUUAUAACUCAACGACAUCAUUGUAUGACAGAAGAAACAACAAAUUGCUGGUAACAUUUCGAAAUGAAAACAUGUCAUAUGAUAGACAACAAAAAAAUAGAAAGUGCUUGUUGCUGCAAAAGAAUAACAGUUCAAUUAGCGAAAACGUACAACAUAUGAUGGUUGAGCCACCUCCUUUUGAUAUUUAUCUAUGCGACAACUGUGAUGCUGAACUUUACUCUAAAGAAGCUAUUCUGGAACACGAAAACAUUUGUUGCAUGGAAGAUGAUGUUAUACUUUGUGAUUCCCCUGAGCCAGAUAACAAAUGUGAAGGGAAGAACGAAGAUAUUGAACUGCGCAACGCCUUUCUAUUAAACUUUAGCCUGCAAUCCAAAUUCACUGAUAACAGUACAUCAAAAGAAAAACAAAAAACAUAUUCUUUUCAUGAAGAAACAUCAACGGAAACAUCAAACAGAAAGAGGCGUCUACCAUCACGGAGAAAUCGAACAGUUCAUUCAUUUAGUAGGUGUUCGUUUAUCCCAAUAUCAUCACCUGCAGGACAGCAAUUAUUAAAAUCGACAAAACAAACAAACUCUAAGGAAUAUGUUUCCGAAAGACAGGAACGCCUGGAUCGAUUUUGUUACACGCCACUAAUUAUUAAAUCAAACACCAGGCAAAAGUAUUUCGAGAAAAAAUCAAACACAACCGUACAUUGCACAUUUAAAAAGUCGCAUGAACAUAAUUACCAUAUAUAUUCCUUUCCGCGACGUCAAUUUGUUAAACGCAGGGACACUACUGAGAACUUUUUGUUUUUGAAUUCUCCCUUGAUUAAGCAAUGCCGUCCAAUUUCAGUCAGAUUGAAAAAGAUAUCGGAACAUAUAAUGGAAGAGCAAAAUCACACUGCAAAUACUAAACUUAAUAUAAGACUAACGCGCCACAAUUCGCUUAAUUCGCAUUGGAGGAUUUCACCUACUAAGGAAGUGGUUGUUGAUACAAUUGACUUAUGCUCCUCCGACGAUGAUGAGCAACAAGAAAAACCAAUCGGCUCGCCUAAAAGACUGGGUUCGGACGCACUUACUAUAAUAAAACUUACGCAUAACAACAGAAAGUCCAGCAGGCGAGCUAUUGAGCCAAGCAAAUGUCCUUCUGAGACAGAAUCAGUAGUAGAUAGUUCUGUUAAGCCCCUACAACAGUCUUUAUACAUUUUUUCAAAUUAUAAAGCUAACUCGGUAAUUAGUCGUUGCACUGUGGACUCGAUAUCAAAUCAUUCAUUGGUGAGUUCCUUGAGUACAUCGAAUACUUUUUCUGAUUCUCAAGGACACCGAAAAGAAUACAAUCAAGAAAACUGCAAUUUUUCUAAAAACUUGGUCACACUCACAGACUGGUACGCUCAUUCAGCUAAUUCGGAAAAGAGCCCAACAAAUCAAACUACUGAGAGUAGUACGUUUGAAGCACUUUCCGCGGCUCCGCCGUUCAAUAGCACUGGGCGCAUAAUUUCCAUUGAUUUAACUUCAUAGAUAUUUUAAUCCAUAAUUAAGUUACCAAUUGUUAUUUUACAAGAAAAAUUAAAAUAAGAAUUACCAUAUUUGAAUAAAUCAUUUGUUUAAAUACUUUUA